CCACACCUAUAUGAGGUGGGAUGCUGUGACAGCCAGCAGGCAGCUCGCGCCCUCAUGCUCCUCCUCACUGCUCGAUGGGUGUAAAAAGGGACCUGAGCCGGAAACCAAACUUCUCUCUUCUAACUUUUCGUUUUUCUGUGAGGCGAAAGAGGAAAACGACGCGACCUUUGGUGUCAGGUCCGCGGCUCUGUUCCUGAUCUGCUGCGGGGAAUGUGCAGGCGGCUCUCCGCAGGCUGCACACGCGUUUCCCCCGAGGGGCCAGCGGGCCGCUCCGCCGCCGUCUAACGGACCAUGGAUGAGGCAACGAAAGAGGAGCCUGCCCAGCCAAACAAGCCAAAGUUCCUGAGCAAGGCUGGCUGGGUGAAGAAAUCUCACGGUCGACUGCUGGCGAGCUACAAGGACCGCUACGUCCAGGUGGAGAAGACGGAGAUGGUGGUGUAUGAGAACGAGGACCUGCAGAACUGCCUGGAGAGACUGGACCUGGAAAGCUAUGACAAGUGCCAUGAAUUAAAGAGUCCCUUCAACAAAAAGCACAGGCUGGUUCUGAUCCGAUCCCCAAAGUCUGGAAAUAAGAUCCAUGAUGUGAAGCUCCAGGCUCAGACUGCGGAGGAGAAGGAGGCCUGGAUCAAAGCCCUCAGCGAUUGCAUCAGUCGGGCAAAAAACAAAGUCUUUGAUGAGGUGAAGGUUGACGACAGCAGUAAUUUAGAACAUAUUACCCGAACGAGACCUCAGGGAAAUCGUAACCGACGCCCGCCAACCAGAAUCCACAUGAGAGAGGUAGCUGAUGUGUCCUCUGAUGGUAUCCUGCGUUUGGAUCUUGAUCUUGAGGAUGCAGUGAUGCCGAAUGGGACAAAUAAUGCUCAGACCGAUGGUACCUCUGAAACGACGGCAUGUCCAGCUGCCAGUGAUGACGAGAAACAAUCAGUGUCGGUUGCAGAGGAGAAGAAGGUCAUCAAGCCUCCCAUGCCUCCUAGCAAGGAGGCUAAAUCCAGUCUUUUACCCAAGAAUGAGCCUGAUAAACAAGAAGAAACAGAGGCCCCGAAACCCCCGAUGCCGCCAUCGAAACAGUCCAAACCCUGCAUCACACCAGAGGAAGAAAUUUCAAAUGAUGAAGACACUUACGCUAAGAAAGGCACACCACCAACGCCUCCCAUCAAACCCAGCUCAGCGGGCUCAUUGGUUAACAUUACAGAAACCUCCCCAACUCCCCACCCCCCUACACCUCCAUCCAAGGACAAGAAGCCCUGCCAGCCGACACAGGGUGCAGACGGUGAAAGGAAGAUGGAAGGAGACGGUGAGGUUGAACAGCCAAGACCAGCCGUGGACAACAAAGAGGUAGACCAGCUGGGAGACAGUGCCGGCGAAGGUGAACCCGAGCGCACAAUCAAGGGAGAGGAUUAUGAGUGUGACAUUCGAAAGACUAGUGAUAAUGAGGCAGAAAAACCAGGAGAGGCAGAGAGAGAGGAGCUGUGUGCUCAGCCUUAUGAUGGCUCAGGCUCUACAGCUUCUGAUGAUUCAGCAACUUCCCCUCAAUUACUGCAGAGUUCUCCCCAAAUGAAUGUUGACCUAAAUGAGCCCUUCACUGAGACCCUCAGCCUGAGUCCACUGCUCUGCCACUCGCUUGGAGGAAAGGAGAAGAAGACAGAAGAGAAAUCUGUAGACAGCGGUCAGCACUCAGAUGAUGGUAGUGAGGGCUCUGCUGGUGAGGAUACGCCGGAAGCUUCCAUAUCUGCAACCCUGGAGAGCCACGGUGGCCUAGAUGAGCUCACCGCAGCAGAAGAUGAAGGUCAAACCUCUGUUAACUUAAGACAGCCGGCCAAGCUUCAGCUUAGAGCAAACUUUCAUCCCAGCCGGCGCUCAGAGCCUUUACAGAAACCCCUCAAACCUUCUAACAAGGCCAAGUCUGCAUCGAUUGGAGAUCUGCUGUCCGAAUCCCUGGACUGCAAUCAGCAGAAAAACAGCAGCAAAGCUGAAGACGGGCGUUUAGCAGCCUCGAAAGAUUAUGUCACAGAGCUUGAGACCGAGGUGGCGCUGCAGAUGAAGAAGACCAAUGAGCUCCUGAAUCAGGCUCAGGAGAGCCACGUGGAGGUCAUGCCAGAGGACCUGCUGGCUAAAGCCUUGGAGAAGCUCCAGAACGCUGACCGCGUCCUCAGAGAGGUCAAGAAACUGAAAGUGGCAAAGGAGAAAAGGAUGAGCUGGUAAAACCAGUCUGACCUAGUCAACUGGGAAUCGCCUGCUUGGACAGUCAUUCUUCAGUCAUUUGAUAUAAACCCACCCAGGUACAGAACAGACCUACCUUUCAGAUGGUGACGUUUGCCCCGUUUCCACCAGCCCUCUGAAACCGAUCCAUGCCGAGUUCGGACCGAGCUCGGAUCAGUUAACAUGCUUAGCUUGGUUCUUACGACCAUUUAUGCAUCCCGCUAGCACAGUUCCUCCCCUCCUAUCGGCGGUCCACGAUACUACAGAUCUCAAAGAAUUAUGCUAACAAACAUGUUGGCUCACGUAAUAUUCAGGAAGUUAUGUUAUAUUAGUGAUAUUUCCUCAUUUGCGGAAUUUCAGGCGAAGAAGGCAUCCUUCUGGGUCUCACCAUCAUCCCAGGUCGCACCGUGCUCUUCUGAUGCCAUUAACAGGAUGAGAAGAAGUUGGUGUUGUGAACAGGUGCAGAGAUCUGUGAAUCACAAAGUUGAACACGGCAGAAAACCGGCCAAAAAAACGGCUCAUGCGCUCUUUGUUAUCAGAGAACCGAGCCAAAGAUGAACCGCGGCGAGCCCUGCUCAGAACUUAGUACCAUGUUAGCGCGCUUCAGUUCAGUCCAGUACAGUUGCGUUCCAUUCACACUUAACAGUUAUCUCGGUUACCAAGCUCGGACCGAUCUUUGCACCUUUCUAAAGGCUGGUGUAAAUGGGCUAAUUGUGUUUUAGAGACUAAAACUGUAUUUUUAAUAGAACUGAGGUCGUCUGCUUAUUUUGCUGUGAAACAAUGGCCGACAGUCUGCUAGAGACGGUAAACUCGUUUAGUCUAAUUUGAUCUGAAAUAAAAACACAGUAUUUUAGAAAACAAGUUUAAAUUUUUUUUAAGCAGAAGUUGGUAUUUUAUUGAGUAAAAUUUAGAAAAGCAGUGCAGGUAAUGGAUCAGGGUCGAUGGAGUAGGACCUCUAGGAGAAGAAGCAUCUUAUUGUUUAACAGAUAAAGCUUCCUGAGCAAUUUUCUUUUAUAACAGAUCAACAUAAAAUCAGCAGAAUAUGAUCUUUUUGCACUUAUAAGGCUUCACUUUUUUGUUAAAGCUUUAGUAUUAACCCAGAUUUAAAGGCACACUGUGUAACUUUUGGACACAAGUGCGCUAGACCUGUAACUUUCAGGUCUAGCGCCCCUUGUACUGGAAAAACGAU